UGUGGGUCCAGUCAGAACGGCAAGAGGUUGUCUGUGUAUGGCAUUGAGACUGUACUGUGGGCUGGGCAUGCCAUCGCGUGCGACGGUCUAGGCCAAUCAAUGACCGAGGUGUCUGUCAGCUGCUCUGAGCAUACGUUUGUAGGGAUGAAGCGAUGCAGCGGUUCCCCACUGAGAGACACUCCGAACACACUCACAGAACGGACCAAUAAUGCACACAGGAUACUGGAGAUGAGCUGUAUGGUGUAG